AAAAACAAAAACAAAAACUAGAAAUAUAUUUAAUCUAUCUUUUUUUUAAGACAUGGCAUCUUCGCAGAGAAACCAGGAAUACAUCAAGCCGAUAAUUACAGACACCAAACAGGACAUGGAUGACGUCCACCAAGCGUUGGAAAAGCUAAGGGGACUAUCUCAGGAGGAGCGGACAGAGGAAGGGAUGCUGCGCUCCAGAAUAGAUGAGCAGUCUAGCCUGAUCUGCAUGCUGAAGCAGCGGGCUGAUGACAUGCUGCUUCGCUGUCAGGCUCUAGAGCGCGUCAACACCGAGCUGCAGAACCUACGAGUCAACGUGCAGAUGGAGCUGCAGAAUGAACGGGAGAAAUCAGAGCAGCUGGAGCAGAGGUUCAUGGACCUUGCAGCUAAUCACACAGAGCUGAUCAACUUCAAAGAUGAAUACAAGCGUAAGAAUGCCGAGCUGAUAAAGGAGAACAAGAGACUACAAGAGGAGAAUGAAAAGUUGUUCAGCAAAGAGCUGCAGGAUAAAGAGGAAACCAUUCACAAACUCUCCCAAGAGUUGAGUGACCUCAGAGAAAAACACAGACACUCAGAAAAUGAAUACCAGGAUAAAGCAAUUGUUUCUCAGAUGAAACUUAAAGAGUUAAUGGAUGUCCAUCAGAAUAAAGAGGCCUCUUUGCAAGAUAAAUUACACAACACUCAGAAAGAGCUAAAGACUGCAGUGGACAUGCAUGCAGAAAUGGUUUUAAAACUUAAGCAAAGCCAGGAAAGAGGGGCAAUGAAAGAAGGAGAGGCAGAAGAGAGGUUUGAAGCACUUACAAAGGAGAAGGAUGAACUACUGGAACUGUCCAUGCAAAGAGGGAAAAUUAUACAGGAUAAACAAGAGGAAAUUCAAGAGUUAGAAAAGAAGAAGAGUGCGGCAGAAAAUGCUAGACAGGAAGCAGAGGAUAGGUUUGAAAGAGAAGCUGCUGCAGUGAAUGCAGAACUGAGAGUAAAGCAGCUUCAGCAUGCCCUCAACAAAGCAGAGAGGAUAUGCACUGAUCUGAAGAAGGAGUUCGAGACAUAUAAAAAGUACAUCAAUGACUUGCUGGCACAGGAAAAGGAGUUAAAUGCCAAACUUCGCCACAUGAUCAACUGAGCUACAUGUUCCAGCUACAUUUUUCUAAACUUAUCCAUUUUUUUGUCAUGAAAGUGUGUGUGUGUGUGUGUGUGUGUGUGUGUGUGUGUGUGUGUGUGGG